AUGGCUACUCCACAGGUCAACGCCUCUUCGGACGGGUUUCGCCCUCCCCAACAUAUUGUUAUAGUCGGUGGUUCGUUAGGAGGGCUUUUUACUGGUGUAGCACUGAAGCAGCAUGGCUUCGAUACCACUAUCCUCGAGCGCAAUCCUAACAAUCUUCUCGAAAACCAGGGCGCGGGAAUAGUGGCUGGCGGUGACACGCUUGCAUUUUUUGAUAGGUACGAUCGGUGCAAAAGACCUGUUGCGGUCGAAUCACAAAAACGCGUGUACCUUGAUCAGUCUGGCCAGGUCGUCCACGAGGAAGAGAUGAAACAGACCAUGACGAGCUGGGACUUGUGCUAUUAUAUGCUCCGGGCGAACUAUGAUCAUCAAGAGAGUGGAUAUUGUCAAGUCGCGGGCCCGCAGCCGGGUGAUGGGAAGAUAGAUUAUCGAUACGGUUGUACAGUUACCGACUUUAAACGGGAAGGAGAACAUGUGAUAGUAUCCUACAACAAUAUUAAUGGCGAGAAAGAGAGCAUCACUUGUGAUUUUCUUGUUGGAGCGGAUGGCCCAAGUUCCACAAUCAGAAAAAUACUAUGCCCAAAUGUUGAGCGGAAAUAUGCAGGCUAUUGUGUCAUUAGGGGUACCGUUCCUGAGCAGGAGGCAUCGGAGCAAGCGAAGUCUGCCUUUAUUCAGCGGUUCACAUUCUUUCAUGCCCCAGGCAUUCUGAACCUAACGUACACGAUACCAGGAAUUAAUGGGGCCAUGGAGGAGGGGAAGAGACUUCUCAACUUUGUGUGGUACACCAACUUUCCCGAAGGAUCAGAGGAGCUUGAAACUGUUAUGACAGACAUGGAAGGCAAAAGGAGAAGAUUAACUAUCCCACCUGGGACCAUGACUGACGAGGCAUGGGAGAUGGUCAAGACAAGAGGUCGAGAUCGUCUGCCACCGCAGAUGUCUGAGAUGGUGGAGAAGACCAAGCAGCCCUUCGUCCAAUGCAUCACGGAUGUCAUAACACCAACAAACUCAUUUAUGGAUGGCAAGAUCGUUCUCAUUGGAGAUGCGCUCGCUGGCUUCAGACCACACACGGUUGCUUCAACCGGCCAGGCCGCGUUUGAUGUUCUGAUGUUGGUUGAAUACCUCAAAUCAGGUGACCACCACCAAUUCGUCAAAAGGACUGUCGAGUUUGCCCGACUAAUUCAGCACCGAGGUGUGUACAUUGGCAACCGAGGCCAGUUCGAGAGUCUGCCACUCAAGGACUACAUCGAGGAUCGAAACAUGAUGUCCAUCCCAAGACAAGACCUAGACUUUCCUCCAUGGACCCAGAUUUAG